CAACGGCCGUACCUAGGUACUACUCGUACAUACUCAAAUGCUCCUGCUCAGCCUAGCCGACGUGAAACCCGUGGCGCCCUCCUAGAAUAGCACUUCUAUCGAGCACUGUCUGCUGUCCACCAAUCACCGCCGUCCGAAAUACGAGAGCUAUCAACCCAUACUCCCUCUGCCUGUAUACGAGUAUGCUGUUAUGCAACGUGCUACCUGACUGUCGGGCCUGCGAGCACUUCAAAGCUGAACAUGGCCGCACAUAAAAGGGCUGAGGCCCCAGGCUAGGUAUCAGUCUCCAUCGCUCUCAAGUCUUUCGCUUCCUCUCCAAGUCGCUCGCUUCUCUCGCGUCCGUUUCUGUCUUUUCCAAUCAUGAAGUCUCUCUCUAUUGCUGGCGCGAGCCUGCUUUCCCUCCUUCCUGCGUCCGCCGAGUAUAUUUGGCCGUCUCAGUAUGACGAGAUUGAAGACGUCUGGAGUCUUCAAUCUGGCUACGUCCAUCACGGUUUCCGCGAUAACGUCACGCCCUGCACCUUCGGCGACUCCAAGUCGCAAUUGACUGCCGCAGAAUGGUUGCGCACUGCCUACCACGACUUUGCUACCCACGAUACCUCCACUGGCCUCGGUGGUGUUGAUGCCUCCAUUAUGUACGAACUGGAGCGUGACGAGAACACGGGUGCCGGUUUCAACGGCUCUCUUGGCUUCUUCCUGAACUACUACAGCAACAAGGCCUCUAUGGCCGACCUUGUUGCCCUUGGAGCCAUCGUCUCCGUGGAAGCGUGCGGGGGCCCAAGAAUCCCCUUCCGCGCCGGCCGCAUUGACGCUACCGAGGCUGGUCGCAUGGGUGUCCCCAAGCCCGAUGAGGACAUUGAUACGCACAAGAAGGAAUUUGCUGCUGCCGGUUUUAACGUCAGUGACAUGAUCGCCGUUGUGGCUUGUGGCCACACGUUUGGUGGCGUUCACGGCAACGAUUUCCCUCAAAUCACCGGUGUCGACUCUGAGGAUAACUUCCCCAAGUUUGAGAACGGCGACGAAUCUGCCCACGUCUUCGACAACAAUGUUGUCACGGAAUACCUCGAUGACAGCACGAGCAACCCGCUGGUUAAGAGCUCUAACAAGACGUUUAUCUCGGACCAUCGUGUCUUCAGCUCUGACGGCAAUGUAACCAUGAAAGCGCUUGCAGACCCCAAGGCUUUCCAGAGCACCUGCAAAGACGUCCUGGCCCGAAUGAUCGACACCGUCCCUUCGGCUGUGAAGCUUUCGGACGUUCUUACGCCCCCCGAGAUGAAGCCUUAUGAGCUUUCCCUCACUUUGACCGAGAAGAACACGCUCCACUUUGAGGGUAAAAUCCGUGUCCGCACGACCGAGAUUGGCUCCAUGAACGCUCAGGCCGUCACCCUCACGUACACCGACCGCAAUGGUAAAACUGCCAGCAACAAGACCAUCGAAACCAUGCACGGUCGCUACCAGGGUGGCACGUCCUCGGGCUUCGGCGAGGUGUUCGACUGGUUCGAGAUUGACACGGAGCUCCCGAUCGACACGUCCAUCAGCAAAUUCGACAUCACUCUCACCAAGCCGGAUGGCAAGACUGUCUACAACAACGCUGGCCACGGCUUCCCUAUCCAGGACUCCAUUCUCUACGAUCAAACCAAGUCUUGCAUGUCGCUCCCCGACGCGAACAACAAGAGGACCGUCAAGGUCGUGGCUUACGUGCGCUCCGAGCGCGCCAACGACCCCGUCAGCUUCAACUUCUACCAGAAAAUCGAGAGGCAGGGUGUCAUUGUUCCUAAGCUCGACACCUUGAACCAGAAGAUGACCAAGGUCGAGGGUAGCGAGAAGAACGGCUACGUCCAAUUCACCGGCGAGGCCGAGGUCAGCCUGGGCCAGUUCGGUACCACCCUCGACGUGCUUGUCGGCGAGGGCGACAACGUCGAUAUAGUCGACUUCAAGAGGACCAACUACCUGACGCAGUGCGCUUAAGUGGAUGCGACGUGUACGAGGCAUGGUGGUUGAGCAAUGUAGUUUAGUGCAAACUGGAAUCAUAUCAACAGAUACCCCCAAAGCAUUGUUUUUAGAUAGUUUAGAAUAUAUCUCGUAUUUACGC